AUGAAUUUUAUUGGUAGUGAAAAUUUAUAUACUAUUCAUGAUAAUAAUGAGGUUACUCAAAAUCUAAAGUUACGUAAUGUCAUUUUUACUGAACAAUUACAAUGGUACUAUCAGCAACAAGAACAAAUAAAAUUGUUAAAUAACACUAAUAUUAUGCCAUCUGCCUUUAAACCUGUUGAUUGUGGGACAUUGGCAUUGUCAUUACAGUUAUCAACAACCUCAUUGUUAAAUAAUAUGCCAUCACCAUUUAUUUUUUCAAUUAAUACAAAUAAUAACAAUGAUAAUAAUAAUAAUAAUGAUAAUGAUAUUAUUACUGAUAAUUGUUUCAUUAAUAAAAAUCAACAAUUAACAAAAAAUAAUUAUUAUUUAUUUACAAAUAAUACUAAUAAUUCAGUUACUUCAUAUUAUCAAGUGACGAGGAAUCGCCAUGGUAGACCAUAUAAUCCAGGAAGACCAUUAGAAAUGGUUGAUAGGCAAAAAAUAUUAGCACUUUUUCAACAGGGAUACAAAGUUUCACAUAUUGCAAAAAUUAUUGGAGUAACACAUAGUUGUGUUUCAAAAAUAAUGACACGUUAUAAGAAGACUGGUUCAAUUAAUCCAAGAUCACCACAAGUAAAAAAAUAUCAUGAAAUUAAUGAUCAUUCACUUGGAGAAGUUUCAGUUCCAAGAAUUUUAAAUUCACCAUCUGGAUCAUCAUCAUAUUCACAAAUAUCUUCAUGUUCUUCAAUAACAUCAUCAGAGAUAGAUGUCAAUUCAAAUUAUGAUUCUUUACCAAAACCUGUGCCUAUUAAAAAUAUUUAUCAUAUUGACAGAUUUAUGUAA